AUGGCCAAUACACGACUUCACAGUAGAAUUCCUGAAAAAAUUUAUGCAUUACUCCCUACUCAUACAUGGGAAGAAUUUAAUGAAAAAAUUUUUACUGGAGCAUGCCUUGUCGUGGCAGAAGGAUUAGUAUUUGAUAUUAAUAAAUGGAUAAGGGUUCAUCCUGGUGGACAAAGAAUUUUACGCAGAGUGAUUGGAACAGAUAUUACCAACGAUUUCUUUUUUGAUCCAAAUGUACAAAUGUCCAUUACCAAAACCUUUGAUAAAGAGGAUAAACUUUUAAAUGCAUUACCUACAGAAGCUUCAUUACAAGAUGGUAACAUUCCAUUGAAGCGUAAGAAAAUUGCUUCUUAUGUUCCAAAAUCAGCUGCAAUGACAAUUGAUAUGAUUAAUUGUGUAACCUUUAAAAACACUCGAGUUGCAAUGCACAGACAUUCUAAAUUUGCAACUUCUAGAUUAGCAACUAUGAUCGUAGGGCGCAUUAUUGAUUAUGAGCAUGAAAAGUUUGAGAACCCAAUUAUUGAUGGAAUAAUUCCAUAUACAAAUAAAACAAUUGAAGUACCAAAAAUUCCUGCAAUUGUAUUUAGAAGAUACAUUCUUAUAAAUGUCGAAGAAGUUACAAGAUAUGAUACCGAAAAUCCUGUUAAAAAAUUUACUUUCCAAAUCAUUCAUCCAUUUGAUAAAUUACCAAAAAUUUUACCCGGUGAUUAUAUUGAAGUUAUGAGCUAUUCAAACAAGACAACUAUUGUUCGACAAUAUACAGCACUUAAAGGACCCAACGAAAAUACCUUUUCAAUUAUUGUAAAGAUUUAUAAAGAUGGUGUUAUGUCCCAACAUUUGCAUAGGCAACUCAAAAAUUUUGAGAUCGCUGUUCGAAGGCCAUUUGAUGUUUCUGACCGAAUUGUACCGACUUCAUCUAUCAUUCCAAACUUUGAACCAACAGGUUUACGAUAUAGAUCGUCUACACGUCAUGGUACACAAACAUUUUCGGUUGUUAACAGUAGGUUACGACCUGCAACAGCAACAGAAAGUGAAAGCGAAAAAGAUUCUCCAACACAACCAAGACUUUUAAUGAAUCAUAGAAGAGAUGAUAAAUGUUGGGAUUGUCUAUUCCUUAUCUGCGGGGGUACAGGCAUAACACCUGGACUUCAAUUGAUCCAAUAUCACCUGGAUCAAGCAGAAGAAUUAAGUGCUGAAUUUAAAAUUCAUCUACUAUUUUCAAAUAAUUCAAUUGAAGAUAUUAUCAGUUAUAACUACCUUUUGUAUCUUCAAGAACAGAGUGAUGAAAAAUUAACAAUAGAUUUUGUUCUGACAAAAGCACCACCAUCAUGGGAUGGCUAUGUGGGACAUAUUGAUGACAAUGUAUUGUACCAUUGGAUGAGUAAUAAUUACAAAAUUGAACAACCGCCGGAAAUUUCAAACAUUUCACGGUCACCCACAUCCUAUCGGAAUAACUACACGAGUGAAAUUGAUUUUGAAGAUACAUCUGAUGAUGAAGAAUUUGGAGAUACUUCAUUAACUCGAGGGCAUUCUAUUAUAUCAAAUAGAGGAACAAAUACACGACCACCAACAAGUGUAUUGUUGAAAAUGCAUGAGAGACAAGAAUAUAUAAAUCUUUUGACAAAAGAUGAUUCACAGGAAUUAAGGGUCAUGGUUUGUGGACCUCAACCUAUGAUGGAUAGCAUCAGAAUAAGCCUAGGAAAGCUAGGAUUUCCUGAUGAAAAAUGUUUACCAAGUCACCAAGUUAGUCAAGUACCAAAAUUAAAAAAUGAUUUAUAUGCUUUGUAA